AUGCCUAAGCUGCAGGGCUUCGAAUUCUGGAGCCGCACCCUGGGGGGAGCUCGCCACGUGGUGGCGCCCAUGGUGGACCAGAGCGAGCUGGCCUGGCGGCUCCUGAGCCGCCGCCACGGGGCACAGCUCUGCUACACCCCGAUGCUGCACGCGCAGGUUUUUGUGCGCGAUGCCAACUACCGGAAGGAGAACCUGUACUGCGAUGUGUGCCCUGAGGACCGGCCGCUCAUCGUGCAGUUUUGUGCCAAUGACCCAGAGGUGUUUGUCCAGGCGGCUCUCCUAGCUCAGGACUACUGUGAUGCCAUCGACCUGAACUUGGGUUGCCCACAGAUGAUAGCCAAGAGGGGUCACUAUGGUGCCUUCUUGCAGGAAGAGUGGGACCUGCUCCAAAGAAUGAUUCAGCUGGCCCAUGAGAAACUCUCUGUUCCUGUCACGUGCAAAAUCCGUGUCUUCCCAGAGAUUGAUAAGACCGUGAGGUACGCCCAGAUGCUGGAGAAGGCUGGCUGCCAGCUGCUGACUGUGCAUGGGCGCACCAAGGAGCAAAAGGGGCCGCUGUCAGGAGCAGCAUCCUGGGAGCACAUUAAGGCUGUACGGAAGGCUGUGGCAAUCCCUGUGUUUGCCAAUGGGAACAUUCGGAGCCUGCAGGAUGUGGAAAGGUGCCUCCAGGACACAGGCGUGCAGGGUGUCAUGAGUGCAGAAGGCAACCUGCAUAACCCUGCCCUGUUUGAGGGCCGGAGUCCUGCCGUGUGGGAGCUGGCAGAGGAGUAUCUGAACAUUGUACGGCUGCACCCAUGCCCACUGUCCUGUGUCCGGGCCCACCUCUUUAAACUGUGGCACCACACGCUGCAGGUACACCAGCAACUUCGAGAUGAGCUUGCCAAAGUGAAGACCCUGGAGGGCAUCGCUGCUGUGAGCCAUGCCCUGAAGCUUCGGAGUCAGGAGGACAUGUCCAGGCAGGAGGAAGGAGUGCAGCCAGCAGGCAACCUGCCUUUCUUCCACUGGAUCUGCCAGCCCUAUGUCCGGCCAGGGCCCAGGGAAGGCAGCAGCAAGCGCGCCCUGGAGGAAGAGGAGGGUGGCACAGAUGGCCUUUCCAAGAACAAGCUGAAGAAGCAGCUGAGGAACCCCCAUAAGACCUUUGAUCCUUCCCUAAAACCAAAAUACGCAAAAUGUGAUCAAUGUGGAAACCCGAAGGGCAACAGGUGUGUCUUCAACCUAUGCCGUGGCUGCUGCAAGAAGCGAGCCUUCAAGGAGACAGCGGACUGCCCAGGUCACGGACUACUUUUCAAAACCAAACUGGAGAAGUCUCUGGCCUGGAAGGGGACCCAGCCUGGGCGGCAGGAGCCUCCGCAGGUGGGGUCUGGAGCACCCAGUGUUUUCUCUGAGGUCAUUGGCAGUGCCCUGGCCUGAGCAGCCAGCAGGAGCCACGCACACCCCAGGGCUGUGCUGAGGCCUGGACAUUUCGCACUAAGAACGUGCCUUUAACUCAGGGAACCUGCCACUGGACAAGAAGAGGCAGUGACGUCCUCCCUGGCCUGUGCUAGGGGCCCAAGCUGCACCUGCCCUAUGCUUACAGCUUGUGUUCUCAAACAUAAUAAACUGUUGAAAGGUG